ACCUCUGUCUGUAGCUAAGGCGGGGGGAUUAUCGCCGAGCAUGCUCCCUGCGCCGCUGCGCCCCGCCGGCUUCCCGGCGGAUUUGCGGAGGGACCGUAACCUUUGCAUAACAGCCGGGGCCGGCGGGGCACGGAGCGGGCAGAGCCCCGGGACCCUCCUGCCGCUGCCACCGGGCGGGCGCUGCCGUCCCCGCCGGGCUCCGGGAGCGGCCCGGCUCCUCAGCGGCUCCAUCAAACUACAUGGGAAAUAGCCCAAAGUGGCCAAAAGCCGCUGGGAGGGUGGCAGCAGCUCUGGUUGCACCAUGGCCGAGCCAAAGUCUGUGUGUGUUUCGGUGGACGAGGUGGUCUCCAAUGGCACAGACCCCCAGGACAUUCGACUCAUGAAUGGACACUUAAAAAAAGUGGACAAUGCCCUGACAGAAGCUCACAGGUUCUCCUACCUGCCCCGCAGGCCAGCUGUGAACAUUGAGUUCAAAGAACUGUCCUACUCCAUCCAGGAAGGGCCAUGGUGGAGAAAGAAAGGUUAUAAGACCCUUUUGAAAGGAAUUUCAGGGAAGUUCAGCAGUGGAGAACUCGUUGCAAUUAUGGGACCUUCAGGAGCUGGGAAGUCAACGCUUAUGAAUAUUCUGGCAGGAUACAGAGAGACGGGGAUGAAAGGAGAAAUCCUCAUCAACGGGCAGCCCCGCGACCUGCGCUCCUUCCGCAAAGUCUCCUGCUACAUCAUGCAGGAUGACAUGCUCCUCCCUCACCUCACUGUCCAGGAAGCUAUGAUGGUAUCUGCUCAUCUGAAACUUCAAGAGAAGGAUGAAGGGAGGAGAGAAAUGGUGAAGGAAAUCCUGACAGCCCUGGGUUUGCUGACGUGUGCCAACACGAGGACUGGGAGUCUUUCUGGAGGCCAGAGGAAGCGUCUUGCCAUUGCUUUGGAGCUGGUGAACAACCCUCCUGUCAUGUUCUUCGAUGAACCAACCAGUGGCUUGGACAGUGCAUCAUGUUUCCAGGUGGUCUCUCUGAUGAAGGCUUUGGCCCAGGGUGGCAGGUCCAUCAUCUGCACGAUUCACCAGCCCAGUGCAAAGCUGUUUGAGCUCUUUGACCAGCUCUAUGUUCUGAGUCAAGGUCAGUGCAUUUACCGUGGGAAGGUAACAAACCUCGUCCCUUACCUGAGAGAUUUGGGGUUGAAUUGUCCAACCUACCACAACCCAGCAGAUUUUGUUAUGGAAGUGGCCUCUGGUGAGUACGGGGACCAGAACAGCCGCCUGGUCAGGGCUGUGAGGGAGAGGAUUUGUGACACAGACUACAAGAGAGACGUGGCUGGGGAGCACGAGCUGAACCCCUUCCUCUGGCACCGGCCCUCUGAAGAGGACUCCUCCUCCACAGAAGGCUGCCACAGCUUCUCUGCCAGCUGCCUGACCCAGUUCUGCAUCCUCUUCAAAAGAACUUUCCUCACCAUCAUGAGGGACUCGGUCCUGACACACUUGCGGAUCACCUCACACAUUGGCAUUGGGCUGCUCAUUGGAUUGCUCUACUUGGGCAUUGGCAAUGAAGCCAAGAAAGUCCUCAGCAACUCGGGAUUCCUCUUUUUUUCCAUGCUGUUCCUCAUGUUUGCUGCGCUCAUGCCGACUGUCCUCACCUUUCCCCUCGAGAUGGGAGUGUUUCUCAGAGAGCAUCUGAACUACUGGUACAGCCUGAAAGCCUAUUACCUCGCCAAAACCAUGGCUGAUGUUCCUUUUCAGAUCAUGUUCCCUGUGGCUUACUGCAGCAUCGUGUACUGGAUGACUUCCCAGCCCUCCGACGCGCUCCGCUUCGUCCUCUUCGCAGCCCUGGGCACCAUGACAUCCCUGGUGGCUCAGUCCCUGGGCCUGCUCAUAGGUGCAGCCUCCACAUCCCUCCAGGUGGCAACUUUUGUGGGCCCAGUUACUGCCAUCCCAGUCCUUCUGUUCUCUGGGUUUUUUGUCAGCUUUGAUACCAUCCCAACAUACCUCCAAUGGAUGUCCUACAUUUCCUAUGUCAGAUAUGGGUUCGAAGGAGUCAUCCUCUCCAUCUAUGGACUGGACCGAGAAGAUCUGCAUUGUGACAAAGAUGACACCUGCCACUUUCAAAAAUCAGAGGCCAUCCUGAAAGAACUGGAUGUAGAAAAUGCCAAACUUUACCUGGACUUCAUUGUUCUUGGGAUUUUCUUCUUCUCUCUGCGCCUGAUUGCCUAUUUUGUCCUCAGAUACAAAAUCCGAGCGGAGAGGUAAAGGAAAAGCAGCUAAGCCAAUGCAGUAGGAGAACUUUAGACAUGCAAUAGAGGGCACUUGACAUUGUCUCACUGUGGCAGGCUGGUCCCCAGUGCCCAGCCAGAUGCUGACCGAGCCCAUGGAGAGCCACAAUGGGAUAGUGGACAUACAGUGUUAAACCAAUCAGUCCAGUUGGGUUGGGUCAUGUUUUCAUUACACUUUCUAGCUUUAACUAGGAAGAAGAACUAGAAGGGAAUUUUACACCACAGAAUAUCAAUACUGAGGCAGUGUAACUUGUACAAGAAACCUGGCUGCAGGAGCUUUCCUUAUGAAAACCAAUUUUGGAAUAAGGUCACCGGGAUACCAGUCCUGGUGGCCAGAAUAGUGUAAUGUCAUCUCUAGUUGACAAGGUAGUGAGAUGCAAAAUGAGGAAUGCAAAGAAAAUAGGAUUCUCUCAUCUUUUUGAAUUUCAUCUUUGCAGUUUUCUAUGUAUUAUUUUGCAAUUCUUUUCCACGGAAUUACCCCUUCUGGCUAAAAGUCUGUAAAUGUAUUAAUAAGGUAAAGAUAUCUUUUUAAUACGGAUACUUUUUUAAAAGAAACCUAAAGUGAUUCAAGUAAUUAUUUUUGUUUCUGUCUGAAUUUAGAAUUCUGGUGCUUUACUUGUCGAGCUGGUCUCAUAUCUGAAAACUGUAAUGACAGGAAGAAAAGGCAGAUUCUGAAUCUGCACGAAACCUGUGGUCCCAUUUGGAAGCAGCACUGGAUAGCACAUGCAGUUAGACAUGGUCAAGCUGUCACUGAAUGGUUAAAAAAAAGAUUCUUUUUCAGUGUCUUCAAAUCCUUAGUAUUUGUGAUAUUUUGGGAUACUAGCUGUGUUCAUUGAUCUACCUCCUGCAACUGAAAAAAAAAUCAAAGCACUCCAAGGCUCAUUUUGAAUUAAAUUUUGAAAGCAGGAUCUGUCCCUAAAGUGAUUGUUAAAGGAGUGCAAGAGCCUGUGACUGCCUCAUCCAGAGGUGUUCAUUUAUAUCUGCAACACACUGUGUAGGACUCUCCAAAAAAUACACAAAUGACUUGUAACACUGCAGGUCUAGGUAUGCCAGGCAGUUCUGUUCUCAUCCCUAAGUCUACAUAAACAACAUGAGAAUCAGUUGAACUGAACAUCAAUGAAACUGUUAUUUUGGGUAUCUCACCUCUGUAAAUUUGGCAGGGGGGAAUUCUGGUUUGAAUUUUGUCACUUAUUUUCAUGGAUUUGCAUUUUCAACCCCAAAUGAAUCCACCAUACUCACACUUGGCGAGCUUUGGUGCAAAUUGCACAGCCUUCUGCCGUGACUGUGAAUUUAUCUUCGUGUCCCAGACCCCUGAGUGAGUCCUGCACCUCCUGUAAAUGCAUUAUUCCCAUCAGGAUGCUGAAGUCUGGCAGGUUGGAGGCAGCUCAGUGUCAGCAAACCCUCGAGGAGCCCAACAGCUCAUGGCAGCAGGGCAGGUAAGAGACACCUGGCACAUCUUCUGGCCCCCAGCAGAUUCAAAAAUUCACAAACUUCCAAGACCCCGUGGCUGUGUCUGUCCUAGUGAAAUAAAUAGUGCCAGGGCCAGCUCUGCCAGUCCUCAGGCAGCUGGGGUUAACAGGAAUGGUCCCUGGAUUGACUUUUACACAACCCAAACACUGUCUGGAGAAGCUCUGGCUGUGCUGGGCUGCAGCUCUGCAUUUUAGCAGGGAAGAAAAUUGUUUCUCAGUUUUCCUGACCUGUGCCCAGGCUCUGUUUGAUUUACUAAUACAGACACAGACUGCAGGAAUCUGUCGAACUCAGGACAUCUGAACUAAGCCUGUUGUCUGGAAGGUUUUAAAUCGAGUCACAUAUUUUAGGAAGGCUAGCUGAACUUUCCCUGAAUAUAAGGUUUACCUGUGAAAGCAAAAUUAAUCUUUACUGUAGAAGAAAAACCAAAUUCCUUGCACAGCCUCUUUGCAUAAUUUUUGUUGCUGUUUUUUCUCAAAAAGCUUUUGAACAGCUCUGCAGCUUUUCCAGGCAUAAUCACGAGCAGGUAUAAACCUAUAUGGCUGCCAGAUUUGAAAAAUUAAGAGUUUGAGCUAUUCUAAAUAAUACUCACAGCUGUGAACAGUUUUUAAACAAGGCACAAGCUGAAAUCCCUUCAGCAAAACAUGCCUUGAUUAUUUCAAGACUCUCAAAGUGGUUGUGAGUAUUAAAGGCAGUUCAAACAUUUUUUUGCAAGCAGACCAAGGACUACAUUUGCCAAAAUACUCUUGGGUUGCAGACUUCUGGUCCAAGCUGAGGUCAAAGAGUGUGACAUCCCUGGCACUGAACAGCUUCAGGGUUUAUGUUUUGUGUUUACCAACACCAUUUACCAAAUAGCACCCUGACAAUCCCUUGCAGUGUUCCAAAUGAGGUAACUUUGCUGGCAUUUCCACACUGCUAUCUUGCAGGAUGCCCUUCUCUCCCAUUCAGACCAGUUUAGCUGUAUGAAUUCCUUGGAUAAUGUCUUAUCUCUGCCUGUUCCUCUCUUUUUAGACUGUCUCAUUUUAUGUUUGUAGCCUCCAGUAUGUCCUCCUGUACUGUAACUUUGUAUUGUGUUAUGGUAGCCAAAAAAAUCUGUCCCUCCAUGGAUGUUAUUGAGAAAAUUCCUGCUCUGGGAAUAUUUUUUGUCACUCCUUUUUUUUGUUAGCUUCGCUUUUUCCAGCCUUCUGCUGGCAGCAUUUAGCUGGAAGUUACUAUUCUAAGGAAUGAUUUCAGACUGUAGUAUCCCAGUAAAGAAGUAAUUCUCUGGGAGCUCAGUGACACACAUAGAUGAGAUAAUAAUUUUUUCCCUCCCUAGCUCACAAAUUAACUAAUGAUCUCUCUUUUGUCACUGCUGUGGGACAGAAGCAUUUAAAAUCCAUCCCAAUUAUGUUUUCAUCUACUUCAAAGAUUUUCAACGUAGUCUCAGGUUGGCUUUUUUUGUCUUUACCUGGAGAUAAAUUCCAACAGGCUCGUAUAAAACACAUUCCCAGGUGAAUGGGCUGAGCAUGCAGGUGCUGGUGAGUUGAGCAGCACUUUGUGAAGCUCUGGAGGCUUCACUUGGAAGAAUAAGGCCAGCAGGAUUCUUCAAACCCUCAAUUUAAAAAUCCUCAGUUUUAUAGCCAUAUAUAAAGAGCCAUAAACUCCUUGAAGUCAAUGCCACUAUUACCAUUUGAACCAGUCACAGCCUGGCUAAAAGUUGUGGAAGAGGAAAAAGGUGUCUAAAGGUCACUUGAAAACUGAAUGUAUGAUUUUUGUUGAGAUUGCAGGAAGAUUUCAGUGUCCUGUUGGCCUCCUUGUUCUAUUUUGACUUGUUUUGAGACAUUGCUUUGGUUACUGUGUGCAUUAGUUAAGACUUUAGGUCUUUCAUACUUUUUUUGUUGUUUUUCUUUGUGGAAACUUGCAUAUAAUCUGAAAAACCCUGAAGGUUUUUAAAAAAACAACUUGAAGCAUUAUUAUUUACAAUUAAAUAAAAGACUUGGAAAGCAAAUUCUACUCUUAAGAAAUUGAGAAGGUUCCAUUGUUACAGGUCAAAGGGAGUGGAAGAAGACUGGUGCUGAAAUCCUCUUGGGCUCUCAGAAUUUAGAGCACAAAGCACCAAUUUUCAUUAAAAGAGAGGAAUAUGUGCUCAUGUAACAGGGAGAGCUGGUUAUGUAAGUGGGAGAUAAUGAACCUGAGUCCAAGAACUGGAUGUCUCAGGUGAUUGACAGCUCCAUCCACACUUUUGUGUCAAACUCUGUGUUCUCAGCAGAAAGGAAUGUUUUAUUAAACACUCGUUCCUGCAAGGAAGUGUGGUCCAUACUGACCUGUGGCACCCCAGUGAUCCUCACAGAGAUCCUACCUGACCUAUUUACACAGUGCUGGGUGGAUUUUGGGAGUCUGAGAACUGGGGGGAAGGCCAGCAAAGCAGAUAUCCUGGUGGGAGUCUGUUACAGACCACUCAACCAGGAUGAAGAGGCAGAUGAAAUGUUCCGUGGGAAGCCUUGUGGUCAAUGCCCAGUGUUCCUGUGGGAGACUUUUACUUGCCAGAUUUCUGCUGGAAAUACAGCACAGCAGAGAGGAAACAGUCCAGGAGGUUCCUGGAGUAUGUGGGAGGCAAUUCCUGCCACAGCUGGUGAGGGAACCGGGCACUGGUGAUGCCCCACUGGGGCUGCUGGUGAACAGAGAAGGGCUGGUGGGUGAUGUGACGGUGGGAGAUCCUCCUGGGCACAGCAAACAUGAAAUGAGAGGUUUUGGUUCUUGGGGAGAUGGAGGGGUGGCAGCAGAACCCCCACCUCGGAUUCUGGAGGGCAGACUGUGCUUGGGAGCUGGAUUGGCAGAGUCCCCUGGGAGGCAGCCCUGAAGGGCUGAGAAGUCCAGGAAGGCUGGGGAUCCUUAAGGAGGAAAUCCUAAAGGCACAGCAGGAGCAGGCCAUCCAUCCCCAUGUGCCAAAGGACGAGCCACAGGGGGAGAAGGAUUGGCCUGGCAGAGCAGAGAGCUUUGGCUAGAGCUCAGGGAACAAAACAGGGUGUAUGGCCUUUGAAAGACAGGGCAGGCAGCCCAGCAGGACUACAAGGAUGUUGUGAGGUUAUUCAAGGAGAAAUUAGAAGGGCCAAAGCCCAGCUAGAACUUAAUCUGGCUACUGCUGUAAGAGACAAUUAAAAAUAUUUCUGUAAAUACAGCAGUAAGGAGAGCCUCCAUCCUUCAUUGGAUGCCACCCUUUAUUUCCUACCAGAACAGCCCCACAGGGUGCAGCUGCUCAGGAAUUUCUGAGUGGAGAUCCAUUUGUAACAUAUGAUCCUGUGAAAAGCUGUUGGGAACUAGAAGUAGGCAGAAAAUGACACGGUGUCAUGUCCUGUGUGACAACUUGUGACAGGCUGAUCACUGCAGUGCCACACAGCACUGGUGAGUGCAGAAAUUAUGUGCUGAGCACCACUGGAGUUCAUCAGGAGCUCUGCCAUUAGUGAACAGGGGCAGUGGCAUUUUCAGGGAUUGACUCCUGCUGCCCUCCUCUUAAAUACCUGUUCCCACAGUACACAAUGGGGUUGUUGGUGCAUCCCACGGAGUGAUUUUUAUCAGCCCACAUACCACUCUUCAUAUUGCGUGUCUAAAAGUUUCAGGUUGAGCCUGCAAACAUAGCAAGUUUUGUUUUAAUUCUGUUUAAUGCUUUAUUUCUGUUUCUGUACAUAUUUCAAGUAGAGUUUCUGAAGGAGUAAUUGUACCGUAGAGCACAAGAUUCAGCUUCAGUCUUUUUGUCAUUUUGAAAUCUUAUGGUGGAUGAUAAUUUCAUGCAGUUUUCAGCUGUAGAACCUUUCUUUAAGAGAUUUAGAUUUCUGUUGGGACCUGUUGCCAGCACUGUAAAACAAAAAGUCAGGAUGUGUCUCCUGUCACCAAGCAUGGCCAUGGCUCAGCCUGCACUCUCUGCACUGGUUGUGCCUUCAAGACACACCCAGCUUUUGCAGCUACUGCUGGUUCUUUUUUUUGUUUCUUUUCUUUUAUCAGGGGGUUUCCCUGCGGCUCAGCCCAUGCCUUGUGUCCCUUUUUUCUGGAUAUUCAUGGCUGCUGUCCACGUGGGGUGUGAAAAUGAGCUGCUUGGGAAGAGUGCAGGGUGGUUAAAGGUGGGUGGGUGACUUGGAGACUUCUUUGAGCUACCAAAACCCCAAUGUGCUGGAUCUCUGGGCGUGCUUUACUCUUUCAAAAAGAAAAGAAAUUCAAAAAUGUCUUUUUAGGCAGAUUGCAAGGCAACAUGGAAGCUUGUACUUCUAAAGGUUGACGAGGUUUUCUACUUCAGUGGCAUCUGUGAUGUCUUUUUUUCUGACCCCACAGUAGCUAAUUUAGUGGCCCAUUUAGGGUAAUCAUUAUGCAAACUCCUUUCUGCUACUCCCAGAAACCAGCUUUCCUGGCCUCAAUGAUAAUUAUACCAGCCUUUACAAAUGUGAAUUGUUGAUCAAUUAAAAAUAAAAAAAAAGGAAAAAUUCUCUUAAAUCAUGGCAAAAGAAAAUUAAAUUCGAAGCAAUUACACUGAUAAAUCUUAAAAGAAGAAGAUAACAAGUCCUGCAGUGGAGCCAAGCCUUUACCUGUGUCAGUAAAUAUUUAUCAAAUACCUUAUCUGAGUCAGUUGACCUUAUUGUGAGAUUCUGCCCUUGAACCUGUUACUGAAUUAUUUAACAUUCGGUUCUUUUGUUUUUCAAAGCAAGAGUCAAUGCAAGGUAUGAUUUUAAAUCAGCGUGCUAAAGUGUGCAUAUUCUGAAUAUCUAAUAUGUCAUUGUUGUCUCUUGUUUCUGUAAUGCAUUUGCAUUACUGUGAAUCAAUUUUAUUCUGCUUCUCUAGAGACUACUGCUGCCUGCACGCUGUGAUAUAUUUGCACUGUUGUAGAUAUAUAUAUAUACAUAUAAUGUAAUUAUAUUAUACAAACCAUGUCUUUUUCAGGUUGCUUGUUACCUUUGUAGUUUACGCUUCCCGGUACAGUGAACCUGAGUAAAAAUGUGGGAUGUGGGGCAUUCUGAUGAUAUAUUACAGUAAUAGAGAAAUCUUUGUAUAUUUCUGUAUACUUAAUACCUGUAAGAAGAGAUUUGUAUGUGCAUUAUUUUCCAGACUUAGGGCUUUGUUUUCUGAGACUAGAGAACAUUUAUGAUAACGUAACACACACACACACAAAAUCAAAUAAAGUGUUAUUAUUU